UGCUUGUGAAAGUCUAUGAAGAUGUUAUCUCAUUGCUGUGGUCAUCUACAGUGGCCAGUUGCAACCAUUUGGUUCUCAAUUUUCUUGUUAUUGUCUACCCAAAAUUUUGGAGGGUCUUUUUCAGCUUCUGCUUAUUUGAUUAGCCUUGGAAGCUAUGACAUAACAGGGCCAGCUGCUGAUGUCAAUAUGAUGGGAUAUGCUAAUUCAGAACAGGUUACAUCUGGAAUUCACUUCAGAUUACGAGCUCGUACGUUUAUUGUGGCAGAACCUCAGGGAAACCGUGUAGUAUUUGUGAAUCUUGAUGCCUGCAUGGCCUCACAAAUUCUUACAAUUAAAGUACUUGAGCGACUAAAAGCAAGGUAUGGUGACCUUUAUACAGAGCAAAAUGUUGCUAUCAGUGGUAUUCACACUCAUGCUGGACCUGGAGGCUAUCUUCAGUAUGUAGUGUAUAUUGUAACUUCUCUUGGUUUUGUACACCAGUCGUUUGAUGUAAUUGUUGAUGGUAUUGAGAAAAGCAUUAUUCAAGCUCAUGAGAAUCUUCGGCCAGGUUCAAUUUACGUUAAUAAAGGAGAAAUCUUGGAUGCUGGUGUGAACCGUAGUCCAAGUUCUUAUCUCAACAACCCUGCAGCCGAGCGGAGUAAAUAUAAGUACGAUGUUGAUAAAGAAAUGACCCUCAUAAAGUUUGUAGAUAAUGAGUGGGGAGGAAUAGGUAGCUUUAACUGGUUUGCAACUCAUGGAACUUCUAUGAGUCGUACAAAUUCAUUGAUUAGUGGUGACAACAAAGGAGCUGCAGCAAGAUUUAUGGAGGAUUGGUUCAAACAGAGUGUUUCCAAUAGAUCCGGAACUGACAGAAUCCCUCGCAGAGUAUCAAGCAUUAUUCCUGACCCUCAAGAAAACCGCACUGAGUUGAUGAAACUUGCUGCGUCCUUUAAGCCUUUGCAUGGACAACCUGCAACAAGAUAUAUGAGUGUUGCAAGCCGAGUCAGGACGUCUUUAGAACAGGCUAAAAAACCUCAAUUUGUUUCUGCAUUCUGCCAAUCAAAUUGUGGUGACGUAAGCCCAAAUACUCUUGGUGCCUUUUGCACAGACAGCGGACUGCCUUGCGACUUCAAUCACAGCACCUGCAAUGGGAAAAAUGAAUUGUGUUAUGGUCGAGGACCAGGUUACCCUGAUGAAUUUGAGAGCACACGUAUUAUUGGUGAAAAGCAAUUCAGAAAAGCUGUGGAACUGUUUAGUAAAGCAACUGAGCAGCUGAAAGGGAAGGUUGGCUACCGACAUACCUAUAUAGAUUUUUCCAAGAUUGAGGUAUCACUUCCCAAUGUGGGUGGCGGUACUGAGGUGGUCAAAACAUGCCCAGCAGCCAUGGGCUUUGCUUUUGCAGCAGGAACAACCGAUGGGCCUGGAGCUUUUGAUUUCAAGCAAGGAGAUGACCAAGGGAAUCCCUUCUGGAAGUUGGUGAGGGAUGUGCUAAAACCUCCAGAUCAGGAACAGGUCAAUUGUCAGCGUCCAAAGCCUAUUUUGCUUGACACUGGUGAAAUGAAGGUUCCAUAUGAUUGGGCACCUUCAAUACUCCCAGUCCAAAUUUUGCAGAUAGGGCAACUUGUUAUUCUAUGUGUACCUGGAGAAUUCACUACCAUGGCUGGCAGGCGUCUUCGUGAUGCUGUUAAGUCGGUGCUCAUCUCUGGAGGUAGAGAAAAAUUCAACAGCAAUGUCCAUAUUGUCAUUGCUGGGCUGACAAAUACAUAUUCACAGUACGUGACCACCUUUGAAGAGUACCAGGUGCAGCGAUACGAGGGAGCUUCCACCCUUUAUGGUCCACACACUCUCAGUGCCUACAUUCAGGAGUUCAAGAAACUAGCAGCAGCUCUCGUCAGUGGUCAAGCUGUUGAGCCAGGCCCGCAGCCUCCAGAUCUCCUUAAUAAGCAAAUUAGCUUAUUAACGCCAGUGGUUGUUGAUGCAACCCCUGGUAAUGCAAAUUUUGGGGACGUUAAAACUGAUGUACCUCCGAAUUCAACCUUGAAGAGAGGUGACAUGGUGACAGUCACAUUCUGGUCUGCUUGCCCAAGGAACGACCUCAUGACAGAGGGCACUUUUGCACUUGUAGAAAUUCUUCAGAACAAGAAAACAUGGGUUCCAGCUUAUGACGAUGAUGACUUUUGCUUACGAUUUAAGUGGUCAAGGCCUGCAAAACUCAGUCCUCAGAGUUUUGCAACAAUAGAAUGGAGGAUUCCAGAAUCAGCGGUUUCAGGUGUGUAUAGAAUAACACAUUUUGGUGCUUCAAAGUCUCUCCUUGGUUCAAUCCACUAUUUCACAGGUUCCUCUAGUGCCUUUGUCGUUGGAUGAGGUGCAGGAAGUAGCCAUUAUUAUUUAACAGAGUAUAUAACACUAUUUCAUAUCUGUUCUCAGAUCACAUAGUUCUCCGAAGGAAAGUAGAUAACCAAGUUAUGGCUGUAAAAUAUAUUUAUCUUACCAGCCAUUAAACCUUAUAUAUUUCUUGUCUGUCAGAAAUUUUAGCAGGGUUUUAAUUGUUAUUCAAGAUUUUGUUAAAUGCCUGCUUAGCUUUGAAGUUUAUGCUAUUUAUUCAUCGCUUUAAGCGAUG